AAGAAGCGUGCGUACCCACUUCCCCGGCCGCCAUGGAGAGCGCUGCUCUCGGUGCCGCCCUCAUGGCGGUGGGGCCCACCGCGACGGCGACCGCGGGAGCGGGAGGGCUGGCGGCCCUGGCGCUCGCUCCUUGCGCUGCGCUUGUGCCUGUGGCCUUGGCUCUCUGGGCUUGGAGUCAGAGCGACGACAAGAGCAGGAGAGCUGCAACCUCCAUAAGGAAGGUGUGGCUGGGCUACAAGCAGCGACGCGAGUUCUUGAAGCUUCGGGAGGAGCGAGCAAGGGCAGAAGACGACUGGGACAUGUGGCUGAUGGAUUUCAAGGAAUCCCGCCACCGCGCCCGCUUUUCUGUGGGCAAAGAGGUUGGGGGCGGUGCGACCUCCACAGUCUUCGAGGCCUUCAUGUGCUGUGGUCGAAGAGUGGCGUUGAAGGUGUUCCACCGCAAGCACACCUUUUCGUUCAACAACGAAAAGCAGGCUCUCCAACGUGUUGGCGCCCAUCCGCACAUUAUUCGUCUAUUAGAAAGCUUCGAGGAUCCUCAAGAAGAUGGUUUGGUGCUGGAGUUUUGCAAUCGUGGAAGCCUCUACGAACUUUACCUUUCCUGUGAUCGGUACCGAAUGGAGGAAAUAAUCGUGUCCAAGAUCGUUUCCCAAGUGGUGCUUGCGUUGCAACAUUUGGUAGCUUGUGGCAUUGAACAUCGCGACGUGAAACCAGAGAAUAUCCUUCUUGAUGAUGGUGGUGAUGCCGGUGAUGAGGUGCCAUUGGUGAAGCUGGCAGAUUUUGGGUGGGCUUCUGCAGAGCCCGGACCUAUUCCUCCAAGUGGUGUUGGAACGCUUUGGUACGCUCCGCCGGAAUUGAACCCGCCUGUGGUUGGAGUUGACAUGCGCUUUGCAACGGGUGGUGGAAAAAGCGACAUGUGGAGUGUGGGCAUCAUCACCUACCUGUUGCUGAUAGGUCACAGCCCUUUCCACUUGGCCGUGGAAGAAGACGAGGUGAUGCUCCUUGCGGCAAAGGGACAGGUAGACACGCAGACAGAGGUCUGGAACGAGCUAUCCUUCGUGGCAAAGUCCUUCAUGAUGAAGUUGAUCAGGCCUGAUCCUGUGCAGCGAUUAUCACCAUCGGAUGCGCUUGAAGUCCAAUUUUUGAAGACAUGCAGGUUCCCCGAGCCCCUCAACGUCCAGCCCGCUGCCGCCCCGCCCGGCCUCUGAAUUGGAGACCUGGCCUUUUGGCAGUUUGGAAGGGGAGCUUCGUGGUCGGCUUUGGAAGGAGGAUGAUGAGCUAAGCUAUGCGUUGGGCAAACAGGCCAGAGAGGCUGCAGGAGAAGCAGGAGGCGGAAUGGCAGUGAAUGCCAAGCUGAGGGCCGCAGCAUGCAGAGCUUGAGGAUUGCGGCAAAGAAUGACCUUUCAACAUUUGGAGGCUUUGAAUCAUCCUCCAACGGAUGGGCUAUGCGGCAGAAAAAGCUGAACGCAUUUUGGCGUGUCUCAAUUACUUAUUCCUUUGUUGCCAGCUGCAU